AUAUAAAGUGAGCUCGCGUCACUCCCUGGUUUAGUACUUGUGAGUUCGACCAGAGAAGCGUACUUGUUCCCACGACAGUUCCUCAAGUCGUUCUACGUAAAAUACAGGCAACGAGAGGCUUUCAAACAAAAGAGCACCAUGCAGAUUUUCGUGAAGACUCGCACCGGUAACGCUGGACACAAAACGAUCACGCUGGAGGUCGAGGCUUCGGACACGAUCGAGAACGUGAAGGCUAAAAUUCAAGACAAAGAGGGCAUUCCUCCCAAUCAGCAAAGACUGAUAUUCGCGGGCAAGCAACUCGAGGACGGACGCACCUUGUUCGACUACCAUAUCCUAGCCAUAUCCAGAAGGAAUCUAAACUUCACCUUACUUCGACGUAGAGGCGGAGAUGUCUGAUUCCACAAUUGUGAUUUCUGCAUCGCGUUAAAUUAUUUAAAUUAGUCUUACAAUAAAUUCUGUUACAUGAGUAUUUAAUUUUAUUAAUUCGCACACGGAGCUUUGCGUACAGAAUUUUAACGAAUAAAGGAGUUAAUUUUGCAUACUAUAAA